AUGGAGCUCGACACCGCGCGCCACAUCCGCUAUUUCCAGCGGUGCUACAAGUCGGUGCUCCCCCACCACUACACGGCCAACGACAGCAGCCGCCUGGCCCUCGCCUACUUCAUCCUAGCCGCUUUCGACCUCCUGUCCUCCCCGUCCUCAUAUACCUCCGCACCCGACAGCUCGGCGACUCCGCCGUCGCUCAUUCCCGCCGCCGAUCGUCCGCGUCUUCGCGCCUGGGUCCUCUCUCUGCAGCACAGGUCCGGGGGCUUCUGUGGCAGCCCGCAACAUGUCCUCCCCAGGGAGAUUAGAAGGGGCUACGACGGCGAGCUGAGGGUGCAGACAGCCGACGACCCCGAGAACGCCAACAUCGCCGCCACAUACUUUGCGCUCAUGCUGCUCGGCAUCCUGGCAGACGAGUCUGCGGAGGGCGCCGCAAGCACAUACAGGCAUGUCGACAGGGUAGCAACAUUGAAGUGGCUGAAGAGGCUCCAACGGCCGGACGGGAGCUUUGGCGAGCUGGUCCAAGAUGACGGCACAAUAGGCGGGGGUAGGGACAUGCGGUACUGCUAUAUGGCUUCCACCAUUCGGUGGAUAUUGCGGGGCAACCACGGCGACCGCAUACUCGACUUUGACGUCCACAAGCUUGUCGCGUACAUGCGUCGGAGCCAGACCUUUGACGGCGGGAUAGCAGAGAGCGAGAUGGGUGAAAGCCAUGCUGGGUAUGGCUACUGUGCCGUCUCGGCCUUGUCCAUCUUGGAUCUUGCGGAGGAGGAUGCCGAGGAGCCUAACAAGUCCCUGCAGGCGGGUAUUGCGGACAUACCAGCAUUAGUGCAUUAUCUCGUGUGCCGGCAGUUCGCAUAUACGGACCAGGAGGAGGACGAGGAGGACGAGGAUGGGGAGAACGAGGGGGGACCGCCUGAAACUCUGACGACAGAUACCCCUAUCCCUGAGAUGGCCUCCCUCAGCAUUGACUAUAUCAACAUUGCCGGCUUCAGUGGACGGCUCAACAAGAUCCCUGAUACUUGCUACACGUGGUGGGUAGCGGGAGCCUUGAGAAUCCUCGAUGGCGCCCUGCCUGGCGCUACUUCGGUGGACCGGGCCUCCGGCCGAGCUUUCCUGCUCGAGAAGACUCAGCAUGUCAUAGGCGGCUUCGGCAAGCAUGUUGAUCGACCCCCAGAUGUUUACCACUCAUAUCUGGGCUUGGCUGCACUGGCAACUAUGGCCGGGGACGAAAAGGAAGCUGGUUUAGGACUCUUUGACGUGCGCCUCUGCAUCGGGAAAGAGGCCGCAGCAAGGGUGGCCAGAGGUAGGGACUUUGUACUCGCAGGAGCACCUAGAACCAAAGAGGCCUAA